AUGAAGAUUGCCAAGGGGUCAUACAAACGAGAAGGCGGAUAUGAUGGAGGUAUUCGAGGAAAAGGAUACAUAGUUAGUGCUCUUGAAGCUGCUUUAUGGGCGUUCUGGAGCGAUGAAAACUCAUUUGAAAAGGGUGCUCUUCUUGCUGUUAAUCUUGGCGACGAUACCGACACAACAGCCGCCAUUUAUGGACAAUUAGCUGGCGCCUACUAUGGCUACAACAAUCUAUCACCGACAUGGCAAGACUUUGUUUAUGCCAAAGAUUAUAUGGCAUGCUUGAGCAAGUGGAUCGCCUUUGAAGCAGAGAAGUGGACUCCAUGCCAAGAAGAUAAGUGGAGUCCUGUAAAGCCUGCUACUCUGAGUGAUGAUUCUUCGAGUUCGAAUUCUGAGCCGGGAUCGAAGCCGGAGCCCGAGCCUCACCCGAACACCAAACCAGAAGAAAUACAAUGUCUUUCUUCUUUAUCCCCAGCGUCACCUCUUAUACCAUCAACUGCGGAAACGCAAAUGGGCAGUUUAGAAAAUAUUAAUAAUAUUGAAACGGAUUCUAAAAUGAACGGUGAUUUGAAGACAGAAGCGGUCUCAUCCAUAUCGGGAUGUAUCCAUACUAGUGAAAAUAGCUCUCCUCUGUCUGAACAGUCAAUUGUGCCAUCAGCAACUGCAGACCAGUCACUAAUUAAUUUAGAACAGAAGACUGCCGUAACUACUGAAGAGGCAGGAGAUAUGAAGAUAACGAAGACCUCAAUCACAAUGGAACUAGCUGGCGCUACCGAAAAUAACUCUCCUCAACCUGACAAAAAAAUUGUGUCAUCAUCAGCUGCACACCAGCAACCGAUUUCUAUAGAAGCUGACAAUAUUAAAUUAAUUUCUACAGAAGAAGAAAAGAUGGAAGCAGAGACAACGUCAUCCACAUUGACACCUGAUCACCAUACCGAAAAUAGUCAAUCAUGUCCUCCUCUCGCUAAGAAGUUUUGUCAUGGGACAACUGAUUCAACUUCGGAAGUGCCUUCAACAUCAGCUAAGUCAAACCAAUGUGUUGAAAUGGCGCCUUCAUCUGAUUUCACCAAUAUUGCAUCUGGACAAGACGCAGCAACAACAGAUGCGAAAUGA